AUGGGGGCGCCCAAGGAGGACGAGAAGGGGCACACAUGCGGCGGCUGGAAGAGUGAGGAUGGAAGUUUGUAUUGUGGAUAUUCUAGCUUGAGAGGGAGAAGAGCAAGUAUGGAAGACUUCUACGACAUGAGAUCAUCUAAAAUGGAUGCUAAAAACAUAAACCUUUUUGGAGUAUUUGAUGGACAUGGUGGUUCAUGUGCCGCUGAGUAUCUCAAGGAGCACUUAUUUGAAAAUCUCCUGAAACACCCCUCUUUCAUUACUGAUACAAAAACAGCAAUAAGUGAGAGCUAUAUGAAGACUGACUCAGAUUUCUUGGAUGCUGAAACCAAUAUUCAUAGAGAGGCUGGGUCAACUGCAUCAACAGCAAUUUUUGUUGGCAACCACCUCUAUGUGGCAAAUGUUGGCGAUUCACGGGCUGUAAUAUCGAAGGCGGGCAAAGCUAUUGUGCUCUCUGAUGAUCACAAACCAGACAGAAGUGACGAGCGGGAACGGAUUGAAAAUGCUGGAGGAGUUGUUACAUUUAGUGGAACAUGGAGGGUAGGUGGUGUACUUGCCAUGUCUCGGGCAUUUGGAGAUCGUUUGUUGAAGCCGUUUGUUGUUGCAGAGCCUGAGAUUCAGGAACAAGAAAUAGAUGAUGAAUUGGAGUAUCUGAUUUUGGCUAGUGAUGGCCUGUGGGACGUGGUGUCAAAUGAGCACGCCGUUGCAUUUGUGAAGGAGGAGGUGGGCUCUGAAGCUGCGGCCCGAAAGCUGACAGAGAUCGCUUUCACGCGUGGGAGCACCGACAAUAUAACAUGCAUAGUUGUAGAGUUUCACCGUGCCAAAUAA